AUGAUAAUUUCCCCCUUUUGUGAUUGAAUUUUCUCAUUUUGAAGAAGAAGAAGAAGAAGAAGACCUUAAUUAGGCGUGCGUCGGAGCAAAGCAGCACAGCAGGGUCAUGUACGGAUCAAGAGGAGGGGCCAUGAUGUUUGGGAGCGGGGGUUACGAGGUUGGAUCAAAGAGACAAAGAAUGAUGCAAUCAAAUCCCUACUUGGCAGUUGGCAGCGGAGGUGCUUCCAGCUUCCCUCCUUUUGGUUAUGGCUCCGGCGGUUUCCCAGUUGUUCGCCUCAGGGGUCUUCCUUUCAACUGCUCUGACAUUGACAUCUUCAAGUUCUUUGCCGGCCUCGACAUUGUCGACGUUUUCCUCGUCAGCAAGUACGGUAAAUUCUCUGGGGAGGCCUUUGUCGUCUUUGCCGGGCCGAUGCAAGUUGAGAUUGCUCUACAGAGGGACAGGCACAAUAUGGGCAGGAGAUACGUGGAAGUUUUCCGCUGCUAUAAGCAGGAUUACUACAACGCUGUCGCUGCUGACGAGGGAGCCUAUGAGUACGAGGUCCGUGUUAGCAGCCCACCUCCUCCCACCGGCCCAUCCAGAGCUAAGAGGUUUACUGAGAAAGAGAACCUUGAGUACACUGAGGUUCUAAAGAUGCGAGGCCUCCCUUACUCGGUGAACAAGCCUCAAAUCAUUGACUUUUUCAGCGGCUACAAGGUUAUUGAAGGACGGGUACAUGUUGUGUCUCGACCUGAUGGGAAGGCCACGGGAGAGGCAUUUGUAGAGUUUGAGACCGUGGAGGACGCAAGGCGGGCAAUGGCUAAGGACAAAAUGUCCAUUGGGUCAAGGUAUGUGGAGUUGUUUCCAACUACGCGUGAAGAGGCUCGAAGGGCUGAGUCCAGGUCUAGGCAAUAACGCUGUCCUUCAUCACUAUGUAUCAUUAUAUAUCGUUUGGACUUAAAAUUUUGUUACCAAAAUGUUUAUUUAUCAGUGGAAUAAUAGGAAUGUACGACCUGUCUGAGUUCUUCAGUUUCUGCCUUGGGAUCCUGAUUCGUUUCCA